UGUCAUGGCAGCAGUAAGCAGUAAGCUAGCUGUUAGCUAGCUGUUAGCUAACUGUUAGCUGCGGUCUUUAAACAGGGACACAUCAGAGAAGCUGCCUUCACGUGCCACGUUCUGUUGACACCGGAAGUGUCUGAGAGCUCGUCCUCACCGCGAUGGCGCCGAAGAGUAAGAGUAAGAAGCCCGGGAAGAUGAAGUCCUCUGCGGUGGUGGACUGUCUGUCCACGGAGGACAUGUCCAAGGACCAGCUGGAGGAGCACGUGGCUCGUCUCCGGGAGGAGCUGGAGCGCGAGCGGGAGGAGAGGAGCUUCUUCCAGCUGGAGAGAGACAAGAUCCAGGCCUUGUGGGAAACGUGCAGGAGAGACGUGGAGCAGGUGAAGGACGAGCUGAGGCACCGGCACCGGGAGAGAGACGAGGCUCAGCAGCGCCACCGAGUGGAGAUCAGUGUCUACAAGCAGAAGCUGAAGCACGUCCUGUCUGAGCAGCACAACAUGGUCUCCGAGCUAAAGAUGGACGCCGCCGCCUCCGCAGCACUGGUCCAGAACCAGCAGGCGGAGGCGGAGCUGGAGCUGCGCCGCGCCGCGCUGCCGGCGGACGCCAGCGAGAAGACGCUCCGCAACAAGGAGGGCAUCGAGGAACUCAAACUGAAACACCAGGUGGCGCUGCUGGGGCUGACAAACGACUACGACAGGAGAAUCAGAGAUCUGGAGGUGAAGUUUAACAAGAGGAUGCAGGCGACCAUGGAGGUGGAGGAGAGGAAGCGGAGGUCAGAGGUCAACGAGCUGCAGGACAGGAUGGACGCUCGGGUGGUGGCGCUGGUGGAGGAUCACGGCCGCGCCCUCAGGCGGGCGGAGGAGUAUUACUCCAGCAUUCAGAACAAAGUGCUGGCGGACGAGAAGGUGCUGAAGGAGGAGGCAGCAGAGGUGCAGAAGCAGCUGACGCGAGUGUCCAAUCAGCUUUCAGUUGCUCAGCGUGAAAACAAGCGUCUGCGCGAGUGUCUGCAGGAAGCCGAGCAGACGCUGCCCGAGCUGCGGCUGCAGCUGCACCAGUACAACCAGUCCAAGGCCAAGCUGGUGAAGUCCGGAGCUCGAGCGAAGGUGGCUGAGAAGGAGCUGUGGGAUCUGACCAUCGAGCACGAGCUGCUGCUGCAGGCCUUUGAGAAGGUCCAGAAGGAGCGUGACGAGCUGCUGAGGAAGCAGAGGGAGGUCAUCAUGGAGCUGCAGCAGAGGAGCGGCCUGAAGCAGCUGCUGCUGGAGAAGAAGCUCUCUGCUCUGACUCAGACUGUGGAGACCAAGGAGGCUCAGCUCUGUGGAGCGCUCUCCACCGCCGCCGCCGCAGGAAGCAGCGCCGCAAACAGACUGAAGGAGACGUUGGAGUCCAAACACGUGACUGUCGGUGCGUUGGAGGAGGAGCUGGCUGGAGAGCGUCAGGAGUACGAGCAGCUGCUGCAGAGCUGCACCGAGCGGCUCCAGGCUCUUGGCGUCCCUCAACAGGACUUCAGGCCCGCGGAGCAGAUGUGACCGGGCCGAGCCCAGAACUCCGACCUGAAGGCAGCGAUGACUGAUGAUGAUCUGGUUCCUUCAAGAAAGAGUUUUUUCUUGAAACUGAUUGUGGCCACAAGAGGCUGAAGCUACAACUUCUCCUCUGUAACCAGGAAACCAACUGGAGGGACAUUCCACAAACUAAACUUUAACCUUUUAAAUCAGGAGUUUGAGAGUUUAGAGGAUCAGACUGAAGGAACAAGCCCCCCCCCCCCCCACCCAUUAUGGUCUGUUUGACUCUAAAUCAUCAUAAUUCUCUAAUUGAUCAUCAGCUGUUAGAGGAAGACGUGAAACUAGAGACUGAGACAGAAACUCCUGAG